ACAGAUUAAACACCCCAUAAAAUGGAUUCGGGUGGAAAGUUUACUUUGUAUUCUUCAGAUUUUAGCUUUCUUGAAGAAAAUUACACCUACAAUGAAUCAUAUGAAUAUGGAGAAUCAUGCUGUGGGACGGUGUGCGGUCAGGAAGCCAGCAUGGCCUUUGAAGCCAUCUUUAUUCCCAUCCUGUACUCCUUGGCGGUGGUAAUUGGGCUUCUGGGUAACGGGCUGGUCCUGGUGGUCCUGUGGCAGAAGAAGAGGACAUGGAGCGUGACAGACACCUUUGUCUUUCACUUGAGCGUGGCCGACAUCCUACUGCUGUUGACCAUGCCCCUGCGGGCGGUGGAGGCUGCAAAUGAGUGGAUCUUCGGCAAGGAGCUCUGCAAGCUGACCGGAGCACUCUUUGAGGUGAAUUUCUACUGUGGCAUUUUUUUGCUGGCAUGCAUCAGCCUGGACCGCUAUCUGUCCAUUGUCCACGCUGUGCAGAUGUACUCUCGCAAGAAGCCCUGGCUGAUCCAGCUCAGCUGCAUGGCUGUCUGGUUCUUCUCCUUGCUCCUCUCCAUCCCUGACUGGCUCUACCUGGUUGCUACAGAGGACUCCAGACGGGGUAAAACGGAGUGCGUCCAUUGGUACCCCUCUGACGGGUUGCGCUUAGCCUCCAGAUGGCUUUACCACGUGGUGGGCUUCUUGAUUCCAGCCUUGGUGCUGCUCUUCUGCUACACCUGCAUCCUGCAGAAGCUGCAGAGUGGCUCUCAGGGCCUGCAGAAACAGCGGGCUAUGCGGGUCAUCCUGGCCUUGGUGGUGGCCUUCUUCAUAUGCUGGACACCCUACAACAUCACCCUCUUGGUGGACACCAUCCACACCAACCAAAGUAACCAGAGCAGCAACGUCUGCGACACCACCACAGCUCUGGAUAUCGCCUUAACUACCACUUCCACUCUCGGCUACCUGCACUGCUGCAUGAACCCAGUGCUCUACGCAUUUGUUGGAGUGAAGUUCCGGCGCCACCUGCUGGACAUGGCCAGGCCUAUCAGUUCCAGGCUGAAGGGCAGAGUGAGCACGGUCUCUCGCAGGACCUCAAUGUGGUCUGAGUCUGCGGACACCUCUCACACGUCAGCCUUCUGAGAGGAUGUAUUUUUUUGCAUUUGUGCAAUUUUUUUGAAAAGAAAAAUGCAAAUUUUUGUCAUGAUUUUCAUGCUGACAUAAUAGUCCAAAAGUUCCAUUUCCAACAGAAGCUUUCAUGUUGUUUGAAGUUGA